AUGAGGGCGAGAACCGGAGGCAACGAGCCACAGAUGGGCGCGCUCUACCGUGUCCAGGGUUCUGCUUGCCCGAGUUCGAGCAGGCCUACAAGGNAGCUUGCCUCGACCCUUGAGAACUCGACUCUCUUCGAGAAGAACCCCGAGUACAAGCGUGCUCUCCAGAUCGCCGCCGUCCCCGAGCGCGUCAUCCAAUUCCGUGUCGUCUGGGAGAACGACAAGAACGAAGUCCAGGUCAACCGUGGUUACCGCGUUCAAUACAACUCUGCCCUCGGUCCUUACAAGGGUGGUCUCCGCCUUCACCCCACCGUCAACCUUUCCAUUCUCAAGUUCCUUGGCUUUGAGCAAAUCUUCAAGAAUGCUCUUACUGGCCGUGAGUAG